AUGACCAAAGAUGAGGAGAUCCCUGACUGUGUCGGAGCUCAGGAGUUCUACAACAAGUAUGAGACCAAGGAGAUUCUGGGAAGGGGGGUGAGCAGCGUUGUGCGUCGCUGCAUCGACAAGCGGACGGCUCAGGAGUACGCAGUGAAGAUCAUCGACAUCACCCCCUCGGACAAGACCACCCCGGAGGAGAUCGAGGAGAUCAGGGAGGCGACGGUGAAGGAGAUCGACAUCCUGAAGAAAGUCUGCGGAAAGGACAACAUCAUACAGCUUAAAGACUACUACGUGUCCAACGCCUUCUUCUUCUUGGUUUUUGACCUGAUGAAGAAGGGUGAACUUUUUGACUACCUCACAGAGAAAGUUACUCUGAGCGAGAAGGAAACCAGGAAGAUCAUGCGUGCUCUGCUGGAGGUGGUCCAGUUCCUCCACAACCAGAACAUCGUGCACCGGGACCUGAAGCCUGAGAACAUCCUUCUAGACGACGACAUGAACAUCAAGCUCACGGACUUUGGCUUCGCCGUGCAAAUUGAGCCGAGUCAAAAGCUCAAAGAGGUGUGUGGGACCCCUGGUUACCUCGCUCCUGAGAUCAUCGGGUGCUCCAUGGACGCAGGACAUGCAGGAUAUCAGACCGCUGUGGACAUAUGGAGUUCAGGCGUGAUCAUGUACACGCUGCUCGCAGGCUCUCCGCCCUUCUGGCACAGGAAACAGAUGCUGAUGCUGCGGAUGAUCUUGGCCGGGAGCUACGACUUCUCGUCUCCUGAAUGGGAAGACCGCUCAGACACUGUUAAAGAUUUGAUCUCUCGGAUGCUGGUGGUGGAUCCGAAGCAGCGUUUCACAGCCAUGGAUGCUCUUAACCACUCGUUCUUCUCACAGUAUGUGGUGCAUGAAGUGCGAACGUUCACCCCAAAAAGACGCUUCAAGGUCAUCUGCAUGACCGUGCUCGCCACGAUGAGGAUCUACUGCAACUACCGCCGAGCCAAGCCUGUCACCAAGGAGGUGAUCAAGAGCGACCCGUACUCGAUCAAGCCCAUCCGCAAGCUCAUCGACGCCUGCGCCUUCAAGAUCUACGGCCACUGGGUGAAGAAGGGCCAGACUCAAAACAGAGCCGCUCUGUUCGAGAACACACCAAAAGCCAUCCUGCUGUCGAUUGCUGCCGAGGCAGAUGAGCCCAUUCACCAAAUCUGGUAA